UUUCAUUUUAGGCGCACGCGGAAGUGGACAUUCAAGCGAUUUCCUUUUCCUAAAAUUUCAAAACUUAUAAAAAGUUCGAUAUAUUAUUGCUUUGUAUUUGUUUAUUAUAGUUUUCCAUAUUAUUUUAGUGUUUUCGUGAGUUAUUGUGUGUGAAAAUGGAGGUGACCGAUCUAAACGAUCUGCUUAAUGUACGUUCUAUCAAAAUGGAACAAGGAGAUUCAGCAUUUGAUGAGAAUACGGUCGAAAGUUCUGAUCCUCUAUCUAUAAUACCUCAGUACGUUACUGAAUCAGACUUAGGUCUCAUGCAAGCUGGUGGGGAGAUAUUGCAAACUCCCCUAGCAGUUUUCUCCGAUACUCCUGAUGAAGAUGACACUAUGCAAAGUACAGAAAGCAGUGACGAGGUGAUAGUCCAGUUAAUGGACAUCCGAACGAACUUGUCCCGUCUGCGAGCCAUGUUGGAGCGGAGACUCGGAUGUGAUCUCUCAGACUACACAUUUUGGCUGCAAAAUGCUAAAAUGUUGGAAAACCACAAAACCUUAGUUGAGCAGUGUAUCAGAGGCGAGGGCGUGGUACAAGUGAACAUCCAGAUCAGGUCUGCCGAGAGGAAGAUAAAUAUCCUGGACGUGUUGAAACCUGACGAGGAGUUGGUGCAGUUACCGAACCAGAUGGACGAUGAUUUAUUAGAGUUUGAAGAACCCCUGGCUGCUUCCAGUCGGACAGAGGAAGUAUCCGAGCCAGUGUCCCAUGCCGCGGCGGUCAAGUGGGUAGUGGACGCGCAGUUCAAGAGCGAGCACCGGGUUCGAGUGCCGGACGACCCUGCUGAAUGGUCGGUGCAGCAUGUGAAGCUGUGGAUCCAGUGGGCGGUGCGCCAGUUCAACCUGAUCGGCAUAAAGCUGUCUGACUGGAACAUUACGGGCGAGGAGUUGUGUGCCAUCAACAAUGUACAAUUCAAAGAAAAGGUACCUUCAGACCCUGGUGAUAUAUUCUGGACACAUUUUGAAUUACUGAGGAAAUGUAAAUUUAUCGCCGUUAUCCAAAGUGAUGAGCAAACAGUGAAGGACCCUUUAGAAGUUCCACAGUCUGCGAUAAAGAAGAAACCAAAGCAGGUGGUGAUACGACCAUCAGAGGACGACUGGUCAUCAUACGUGACAUCUAGAAACGGCAAUAACGGCCAGAUCCAGUUGUGGCAGUUUCUGUUGGAACUGCUGACGAGCGCGGAGUACUAUGACGUCAUCAGGUGGCACGGUACGGAAGGCGAGUUCAAGUUGUUGGAGCCGGAGAGAGUGGCCUCGCUAUGGGGCGCUCGGAAACACAAACCUGCCAUGAACUACGAGAAAUUAUCGCGAGCUCUGCGAUACUACUAUGACGGCGACAUGAUCGCUAAAGUUUCAGGAAAGAGAUUUGUGUAUAAAUUCGUGUGCGAUCUCCGCCAGCUACUUGGCUACGGCGCGGGGGAGCUGGCAGAGCUGGUCAAAGAAGUACACGACACUGAAAUUCAAAAUGGCAAUCCAAAUUAUACAGACAAAUACAGAAUGUAUGACCUAGAGGAGACGAGCUUACACACAGACAGAAAGUAAUGCAUAUUUUUUAUGUGUUUAAUGAACUCUAUUCCACCAAUCAAGCCUUUACGUUUGAUAUCCAUAACGGAGGCAGUCGUGGACACAUUACAUUAUAAUAUUGUAUGGUCAUCUAGACUAAGAGUGUGUACCAAAUAUCAGAUCGAAUGUAGGAUACAAAACCUAUGUGUUAUUCCAGACCAUAAUCUACCCCUGUUCCAAAUUUCAUCUCCAUCCGUUCCGUUUUGACGUGAUUGAGUAACCAACAUACACAAGCUUGCACAUGUAUGAUUACACUAACAAUAUAAUACAUGUUUAGUUUUAAUUACUAGCAGCACUAAGGUCAACUUUACUAUACACUCGACACAUGUUUCGCUCCUCCACGGAGCAUCUUCAGUUGUUGACUCGGCGGUUCUCGCAGCUCGAAUGAAGACAAAAGAUUAGGAUUAAUUAUUAUGUUAUCGGCUUACUCACGUAACUGUUUGACGAGGAACUCGACUAGUUUCAAGCCAUGCUAGAGGCUCAUAUUCAUGAGCAGCAUUCCGCGACACA